GUUUCUAAAUAAUAAGCGGUGGUAGAGAUCAGGGGAGGGGACAGAGCUACACUAAACAUGGAGGCAAACUGAAUGUCAAAAUAGCUGCAUUUUAAAGGAAACAACCGGCAAGGUUUCAGCAACUGGUGGGACAAGAAGGGACCAGCAGUCUGUGCUCCUGUCGGCGUCCAACGUUUGGAUGAAAAAACAGCAGUGAUUGGUGAUUAGGAUGAGAUCUGCCCUCACUGUGAACCUAGUGUCUACAUUCUGAGCCCCUGCACUUGUGAUUGUUAUUGCAUCUGAAGCAUCUCCGGCUACAGCUGAACCACAAGCACCACAGCCACGUAGCAGCAUACUCUUAUCAAUAUUUCAUAGCCUCUUAAUGGCUACUGAUGUUUCAUACUGAUUUAUGAUCGAGCCUCGGAGCCUUCACCAACUUAUAUCAGAUUUAGAUCAGUGCUGCUGCAGAGCUUUACGUUAAAACUGUAGCUUCAAGAAGUCACAGUUGUUUUAUUAAUCACGUAUACAUCCUUUUAUCUUAUCGUGGUUCCACACAUACAAAAAUUCCAACGGUGACUUCUAACCCCACAAGCUCAGGAUGGAGGAGCGCAUUUACGCCACAGGCAUGGCCGCCCGGCUGAGGAGCCAGUGGGAUCGGGAUGAAGGUCUGGGGCAGAACCACAAAGCGGUGAAGUUUCUGGGUCAGGAUUAUGAGUCUCUGAAAGCUCAGUGUCUCCAGAGUGGCAGGGUGUUCGAGGAUAACUUGUUCCCGUGUGCGGCUUCGUCUCUGGGAUUCAAGGAGCUCGGCGCGAAAUCCUCCAAGACCUACGGAGUCCGCUGGAUGAGGCCCACGGAGCUCUGCCAGCGCCCUGAGUUCAUCGUGGAUGGAGCGACUCGCACAGACAUCUGUCAGGGAGCUCUGGGAGACUGCUGGCUGCUGGCUGCCAUCGCCUCACUGACCUUAAAUGAUGACCUCCUUCACAGAGUGGUUCCUCAUGGACAGGGCUUCGGUCAUGGAUACGCCGGCAUCUUUCAUUUUCAGUUCUGGCAGUUUGGCGAAUGGGUGGAGGUGGUGAUUGACGACCGGCUGCCGGUGAAAGACGGGAAGCUGCUGUUCGUACACUCAGCAGAGGGCACCGAGUUCUGGAGCGCACUGAUUGAAAAGGCCUACGCCAAGUUGAACGGAUGUUAUGAGGCUCUGUCAGGCGGCAGCACGUCAGAGGGCUUUGAGGACUUUACAGGCGGCGUGACGGAGAUGUACGAGCUGAGGAAAGCCCCGUCUGAUCUCCACAGCAUCAUCAGCAGGGCCAUAGAGAGAGGAUCACUGCUGGGCUGCUCCAUUGAUAUCACUAGCAAAUUAGACAUGGAAGCCGUCACCUUCAAGAAGCUAGUGAAGGGACAUGCCUACUCUGUGACCGGUGCGAAAGAGGUGGUGUACAGAGGAAACAUGACCAAGCUUGUUCGUAUCAGAAACCCCUGGGGGGAGGUGGAGUGGACCGGAGCCUGGAGCGACAACUCCAGAGAGUGGGAGAAUGUGGACAGGUCUGUUAGAAGUCAGCUACAAAACCGCAGCGAGGAUGGUGAAUUCUGGAUGUCAUUCAGCGACUUCCUGCGCGAGUUCACUCGUCUGGAGAUCUGUAACCUGACGGCCGACGCCCUGCAGAACAGCCAGCUGAAGAAAUGGAGCUCCUCACUCUACCAGGGUGAAUGGAGGAGGGGCAGUACUGCCGGAGGCUGCAGGAACUUUCCAGCAACCUUCUGGCUGAACCCCCAGUUCAAGAUCUUGCUGAAGAACCCGGACUCUCCCGGCCAAUCAGAUUGCAGUUUCCUGGUUGCCCUCAUGCAGAAAGACCGCAGGAAGAAACGGCGGGAAGGCAAAGACAUGGAGACUAUUGGCUUUGCUCUCUAUGAGGUUCCAGCGGAGGCUGCGGGCAAGUCAGCAGUCCACCUAAAGCGAGAGUUUUUUCUGACUCACGGCUCCAGCGCUCGCUCAGAGCUCUUCAUCAACUUGAGGGAGGUCAGCUCACGGUUGCGGCUCCCAGCUGGGGAAUACGUCAUUGUGCCCUCUACUUUCGAGCCCCACGUUGAGGCUGACUUUGUACUCAGGGUUUUCUCGGAAAAGCCUGCCGACUCUGAGGAGCUUGAUGAUGAUGCUACAGCGGCGCUUCCUCCAGAGACUCAACUAGAUGAGAGCCAAAUUGACGCAGCCUUCAAGAAUCUCUUCAGACAGCUGGCCGGGCCGGACAUGGAGAUCAGUGUCACAGAACUGCAAACUAUACUGAACAGGAUCAUCAGCAAACACAAAGACCUAAAGACGGACGGCUUCACAAAAGAGGCUUGUCGCAGUAUGAUUAACCUCAUGGACACUGACGGCAGUGGAAAGCUGGGACUGGCAGAGUUCCACGUGCUCUGGGAAAAGAUUAAACGAUACCUGACUAUAUUCAGGGAAUUUGACUUGGACAAGUCGGGCACAAUGAGCUCCUAUGAGAUGAGGAUGGCUCUUGAGUCAGCAGGGUUCAAGCUGACAAACCACCUAUUCCAACUUAUCAUCCUGCGCUACACAGAGGCAGACAUGGCUGUCGACUUUGACAACUUUGUCACCUGUCUGGUCAGAUUGGAGACCAUGUUCAAAACCUUCAAGACCAUGGACACAGAUACAGAUGGUGUCAUAUCCCUUAACUUUACUCAGUGGAUUACCCUGACCAUGUUUGCCUAGCGGUGAGGGGUCUCCUCAGUAAGUGUCGCACUGCAUCCUGCUGCAGCUCCAGGCCCUGUAUUUGUUGUUUCAGAAGUGCCUUUUCUCCCUCAAGUACUUCCUCUCUUCCAUGCUGCUCACUGCUGAGGUUGUCUGAUGCUAAAAAACCCAACUGUAAAACCUUCUUUACAGUGCCUAUGUAGGCAAAAGGUGCCAAUCCUGUAUUUGUCCCAUUUUUGCCAAUGGAAGGAAGCUCACUUCUUGUAGCCAGGCAGUCAAAUUCAAGGUUAGCACUGAAAAUGUUAGCACCGACCGUUUGUAGCUCGACAAACUUUUAUUAGAAACAGUGCUACUCCGGGGGAAGAAAUAAUCUAAUUGGAUAAAUUUCAGUAUGUGGAGACAAAAAAAGGCCCAUAGUAGCUGGUUUGGUUGAAAACUAAUUCCUUCUUAGCGUAGCUGUUGUUCAUGUUUAAAGAAAUGUUAGCCAUACUAGCCUUUAGCUACCAGGUUAUGGAGAAACAAACCUGACUUAUUAGAAAGUAAAUAUUAAGUGAUCAAAUAAACUGAAGAAAAAACUAAUAAACAUUAAAUUAAUAAACACAUAAAUGCACAAAGAAAUUGAGGAGUAAAAUUUAUAGAAAUUCCAUGUUAUUUAUUUCUUUAUUGUUACCUUAAGAGAUAUUUUCCGUGAUUAUAGUUUAUCUGUGCAUCAACAAAGUUCUUUUUCUCAGCAUAAUUUACUUCUAGUCAAGCGGGCUUAAAUGUGUACAGGACAAUAUAUUGGCGUAUAUGAUCAAUAACAAGAAAUCACUAUUCAGUAAUGCCAAUUUUAUGUUUACGGUAAUGUUGAAACCAGCUAUUACAUAGUUCGUCCACCAGGGAGCAGUAAUGAGUUUGUUUUUUUUACUUGAAAAUGUACUGCUUCUUUUCUUAUCUGAUGUUAACAAAAUGUUUAAAUGUUGAUAUAUUUAUCGGCCUAAUAAAGCAAGUAUUAGUUUGACUUUACACUUUAAACUUUAUUACUAAAAGACUCCAGAACGUCAAGUUUGGUUCUCCAUAUCCGCUAAGGUAGGCAGCUAAGCUAAAGGUAAGCUAAACUUGUGAAUGUUAUAGUCAAGAGGGAAUUGCUUGUCUUGUUUCUCAAGUUUGCCAGGUAGCUAACUAGUGCUUCAAAGAUGCACUUUUUACAAUCCACACUGUGCUGUAAAACAUCAAAAGGUCAGUCUGGCAGGUUUAGAUCGCUUCUUAAUCAAUUUUAAAUCAGAUUUUAAUGGUGUUUUUAAUCGGAAAUUUGCAAUCAGUCAUUUCAUCACAUUGUACAUCAUCAUUUGUGAUAAGCAUUUGAUUUUAAGGGAUUCCUCUGCAUGUAUUCACUAAUCAGUGGAGGGAAAAUGAUACUUUUUGACAGGUUUUCAAUGAAAUCAAUUACUUAAUAUGUGAAAAAUCUCAUGUGGCUAGUAGGCCAAGAGUUCAUUGGAGAACCUGACGAUCUGCGGAUCAUUUGUCUCUUAAAUUUUAAAAUAAGAUGUAUUACAAUCUCAGCGUCAGAUGUGGAAACCUUCUGCUCAGACUUCUCUUUUUAACUCCUCAACAUUCAGUGCAUAUGAAUGUCGCCAAUAUGCAUCUCUACUCAGCUUUUAUAGCGACGUUGCUGGCAUGGCACUUUCUGUUUACAUCUUGUGCCAAACUUUGCUCAACAUUAACAACACACCGCCAUGGUGCUGUGCUGUAUCAUAGAGAAUGUGUUCUGUUAUAUUUCUUAAAAUCUAAUCCUGGUCAGCUUCAAGACGUGUGUUUAUCAUUAUGCAUGGCACUUUUUACAGACUGUUUUGCAAAAAAUAUGAAAAAAAACCUUUUAUAUUGUGGCUGGAACUAGAUGUUAUAGUGAUUUUAAAAAAGGGGGUGUGUGUCAGCCUUGUUUAACCUCACCUUUCAAAAGGGAACAAGAACACAUCAAUAUUUUAGGUGAAGGUAAACAAUUAUGUAAGACAGAACAGAUGGAAACCUUGUAUGCAUGCGUUGUGAAAUGUGAUAUGUAUGUCUGCCUGCCUGAUUUCUGUUCAACAAGGGGAGCAAAUAUUUUAUUUGAAUAGAUGUAUUCCAAAAUAACAUGUUACUUUUGGGCCGGAAAAAGACUUGAGGGGCAUAAUUUGAUUCAAAUAUGGAGUGUGUAAUAAAAAAAUAUCUUUAUUUUCUCAUCUAGCAGAGUUGACCUACAAGCGUUUCAAUUACCAAAAUAUUCUGCCAAUAAUUGUCAGUUUAGGUGUUUUUUCACAUUUUGAAAUUAUGUUCUUAUGCUUCUGUCAAAAUGUGACUGCCAAACUGUUUUCUUUUGUAUGAUACUCUGACAAUGCCAGCAUUCUUAUGUAAUACUUUUUUGCCGUAUAAUGCUUAUAUAACAUUGCCUAAUGUUUACAAAAGUAACAUUCUGGACCCCUUUGGACCCGUUCAGUCAUGCAAAACAUGGGUUUAUUGUGUAACUUCUCUGUAAAACUUAAAUUACUCCCCUGA